AUGCAAGAUGGAUCACAACAAUCUUCAUUAACACUUCGACAGUUAAUGCCAAAAAAUAAAACUCUUAUAUGUUGUUUGAAAUUUCAUGAAACUGGUACAACAGCUUUACGUCGAUCAGGCUCCGGUCGUCCACCAACUACAUCAUCAAAACAACUGUCAAAUAAAUUGAAACGAUUAGUUUUAAAUAAAAGAAGACGUUCAACUCGAAAUAUUGCACCUAAGCAACAUUGGAAACUCAAUCCACAAUUACAUUUAUCAAAAUGUCGACAAGAUGCUGAUAAACAUGGUGGUUAUUAUGGUCGUGAAAAAUUUUCUCCUGGUGUUAUACUUUGGGGUGGCAUAAGUUGGAAUGGUUUAAUUCCACGAGAGGCACCAGUGUUCAUCGAUGAGUUUUUGGAAGGAUAUCAAUGGCCAAAAUGUGCCAAGAAAACAAUGAAUGGUACCCGAUAUGCUGAUCUCAUUAGAAUUAUUGCUUAUCCAGCUAUUAUGCAACAAUAUCGAAAUCAGAUACCAAUCUUUCAAGAUGAUGCUGCACGUAUUCAUCGGACCCAAGCGGUGCUUCAACAAAUCGAUGCCUUAUUCAAUGAAAGAAUUCCUGUCGAUGUUCAAAGCCCUAAAUUUGAUGAUGUAUGGACUAUAGAAACAGUGUGGGGUAUUAUCCGUGAAAAACUACUUGAUGUGAAAUAUUCAACUAUCAAUCAACUGAAAUCACAAAUCAAAAAAAUUUGGCAAUCAAUUUCGUCCCAGCAAUGCCAAUCUAUAAUCUCAUCAAUGGUUAGACGAACUUCUCUGUUAACUAAAAAUGGCGAGCAACGCCUAACUCAUGAUGAUUAUCGAUGUUUAUAG